AUGAAAAUGAUGUGGAUGGCUGAGCAGGAAAAACAAGAAGAGAGGCUUAAGAGAAAGAUGACCGCGAUGCUGGAACGAUCCAUGAAUACUACCCUCACUGGCACGGGCAUGAGUUAUGACGACUUGUGUAUGCAUCCCAACUUGGAUUUACCCGAGGGCUUCAAAGUACCCUGUUUCGAGUUGUUCAAUGGGACGGGCAAUCCUAAAGCGCAUCUGCGGGCCUACUGUGACCAAUUGGUCGGUGUCCGAGACAAUCAAGCGCUCAUCAUGAGGUUGUUUAGUCGAAGUUUGACUGGAGAAGUCUCAGAAUGGUUCACGGCACAAGACAUACGCCGUUGGAACACAUGGGAAGCCAUGGCUGCAGCUUUCAUGGAAAGGUUUCACUUUAAUAUUAAGACGGUACCAGAUAGAUACUACCUGGAGAAAGUACAACAAAAGUCCACCGAAAAAUUCUGCGAGUAUAUGAGCAGGUGGAGAACAGAGGCUGCCCGGGUACAACCCCCUAUGGGCGAAGAAGAACUUGUGUCGAUUUUCAUCCGUUCACAAGAAACAUAUUUCUAUGAUAGAAUGUUUUCAAUGGCAGGAAGACCUUUCUCUAAAUUAGUCAAAAUGGGCGAGGCCACAGAAGAUGGUCUCAAGACUGGUCAAAUCGUAAGCAUGACUGGAAAAUCCACUGGUUCAAGCUCAACCGGGUUCAUGCGCAAAAGAGGGUAG